GAUAAGUGAGACCGCUCCGCGCACGGUGUUCACGAGUGCGCGAUUUUUUACACCGGGGUAUCUUUGUGGACUCCGCGACUCGCGCCAUUCGGACGCAGGGAUUCUUCUUACGUGCGGUAGUGUUGGCGGUUUACGUGCACCGGACGUCCAGUAUUGUUGCGAACGUGCUGUGUGCGAUGAACUGCGUGCCGUUAUGAAAGGAAUCGCUCUUUUCAUCGUCUCGCUCUGCGCUUCGAGCACCUUAUUGCUGGCGCAGAAGACGUCGUCACUCACGAAAGAUGUCACAAGCAGCAAGCGGCCCGUGUUCUGCUACUGGGGCACCUGGUCGCACUACCGCAGUGGCGCCGGUAAGUUCUCGGUUGGCCAGAUCGACCCGUCACUCUGCACCCAUCUGGUGUACGCCUUCGCCAAGCUGGAGAAUGGAGUCAUCGCGGCCUUCGACGCCUACCUUGACCUAAAGGACAACUACGGUCUAGGCAUGUACGAGAAGGUGAACAAACUGAAGGUCACGCAUCCGCACCUGAAGACGCUGCUGGCCAUCGGUGGCUGGAACGAGGGCUCGCAGAAGUACUCGCAGAUGGCCUCCUCUCCGGAGGGACGCCAGCGCUUCGCGCAGAGCGUGCUGAGCUUCCUCGACAAGCACGGCUUCGACGGUCUCGACCUCGACUGGGAGUACCCGGCCGCCAGGGGAGGUGUACCACAAGACAAGCAGAACUUCGUGUUGUUGAUACAGGAACUGCGGAAAGUCCUCGGUCCCGGACGGCUUUUAACAGCGGCCGUCUCUGCAGGGGAGAGCACGGUGGACGGGGCCUACGACGUGCCCGCGAUCACAAGGUACCUUGAUUACAUCUCCGUAAUGGCGUACGACUUCUUCGGGGCUUGGAACAGCUACACCGGGCACUGCUCACCGUUAGGAGUUCGCGAAAACGCCAGCGAGGAAGAGAAAAAGCUCAACGUGGAGACGGCCAUCAGGAUGUGGCUCAACAAAGGUGCGGACCCGAACAAGCUCCUGCUGGGCAUGCCCCUUUACGGCCGCACCUUCACGCUGGCCAACCCGAGCAACAACGGCUUCCUGGCUCCCACAGUGGGCCCCGGACCAGCCGGUCCCGUGACCGGGGAAUCGGGUUACCUCGGCUACAAUGAGAUAUGUACCCAGCUGAAGACAUCCAAGGACUGGAAAAUAACCCGAGACCCAAGGGUGGUUGCCCCAGUAGCUGUGAAAGGAAACCUGUGGAUUGGCUACGACGAUGCACAAAGCCUCACCGCAAAAGUCCUGUUUGCCCGCUCCCUGGGUCUUGCUGGUGCCAUGGUUUGGUCUAUAGAAACAGACGACUUCUCAGGAACAUGCGGAGGAACGAAGAACCCCCUUCUGAGAGCUAUAAGAGAUACACUUGAAAGCAACGCCACAAUACCACUCCCGACCACAGUAACAAAGUUGCCAUCGACAACACCAGCGAAGUCAACACCAGCGAAAACAGUGUCGACUACAGGAACUAAUUUGCCAUCGACAACACCAGCGAAAUCAACAGCAGCGGAAACAGUGUCGACUACAGGAACUAAUUUGCAAUCGACAACGUCAGCUGCAUCUAAACCAGGAACCGACGCUGGUGUCAGUGUACUUACGACAAGUGUUCCUACAACAACGGCCACACCAGAAUUAGCAUGUCCCGCUGAUGGCUUCUACCCAUAUCCAAAUGACCCGCACCGAUUUUACCGGUGCGUGUCACUACCUGAUGGCACCUACGCAAUCUAUGUCUUCGACUGUCCAGCGGGCACAGUUUUCAAUCCCUCUGUCAGUGUAUGCACAUUCUAGGAAUGUGGCAUUUGUGUUCUAGACACCAGACUCUGGCAUAUGCUAUCUAUAGCAGGCAACUUCAUCCGAAGGUCACAUGUUGAAAGCAAGAUUACAUUGCUUUUUACAUUCGUUCAAGUUGAAACGAUCCUUAAAAAACACAGUUCUUCUGCGGUUACAGAAGCGAGUUCUAUCGUCUAUAUGCGAGCCUGCCUGAUGGGCAAACUGCAUGAAGCAACGUUCAACACGAAUGUAGAAAAACUAAGUAUAACUGUACAGCCAUCUUAGUAAAUACAUGAGUUCUCAAGACAACCAAACUAAUGUCUACAACUAUUCCAAAUAAAAGAGACGCUGAAGUU